CCGAGGAAGGUUCCGGAGUGUCGGGGUCGCGACGGGAACCACCAAAGCCCACACUGUGUGCCUCGCACCCCGGGCUGGUGGAGCGCCCCCGGCUGCCUUCUUUUCCGGCUCGAAGUGAGAGGCUAUCCCUGGUCCCCGACCUUCCCUCCGGAAGGACUCCCCCAACCCUGGGGCGCUCCUGGCGGUGUCGUGACUCCUGCGGCCGGCCACCCUUCGGAGGGCGACGGAAGAGCUUCCCGGCGGGCGAGGGAAAGAGGGAAAGUAGCCAGUCAUGUCGAACGCAAUGUAUAAUAAGAUGUGGCAUCAGACCCAAGAAGCCCUCAAUUAUGUGCUUGAUAAAGAGUCUCAGAAGAUGAUAGAACCACAAAGAAAUCAAGUUUUCAUCUUCCAAAUGUUAGCCACCUUCUACAUAAAAUAUGUGCAGAUCUUCAAAGACAUGGAGAAUGUGUAUGACCAGAUAGUCCAUCCACAGAAACGAAUCCUGAUCCGGAAAAUAUUGGAUGCAGUGAUGGGCCGCAUCCUGGAACUGAAGAAUGAGAUGGUUGAAUUGGAAUUAACCGAGUUUCAUUACUUUGAUGAUAUCUUACAGGAUCUAAAGUUGGUUCCCCAACAGUUAGAUAUUCCCAUACCCAAGUACUUUUUGAAAGAGAAGUUGGAAGUAAUAAAAGGAAGAGAGAAAAUCCUUGCUCAAAUUUUAGCCGAAAGUGGAUUAGAUACAGCUAAAGUGAAGUACUCUAUAAAGGGUAUUCCUUUUGAAGAGGCCAUUAAAUUAAUCCAGGUUGCUGAGAGGGCACGGCAAGGUCGCCUGAGAGCCUUGUUCAUGAAGCAAAUCUAUCUUCGAGAAUACAGAGCAAAGCAAGCCAAGAUAUUUGGCGAAAAAUUCGCAGAUGCUGGGGCUGCUGCACUAUGUAUUCAGAAGGUUUGGAGACGUUUCUAUCAAUGUAGGAAAACUGGAAGACAGAGAGAAGAGGAGAUGAUAUUCCUGGGUAUGAGUCCACCUCCUCUCUUUAAUGAAGUCAGUGCCACGAUAAUGCAGGCUGAGAAGGUGAACUUACUGCGCAACGAGGUGCAGACAAAGCACGAAGAGGACUACAAGGAAGCCAUGGUUAUAAUCAAGGACGACCUGAAGUUGAUAGAAGGUCCAGACAUCAGGGAGACCCUUCAGGACCAGAUCUGGCACUGGUUCAUUGAGUGCAGGAAUUUAACUGGCACAUUUCCUGAGUACCCUGAAGUAGAAGAAGGUGGUUCAGCUAUUAUUUUUACUAACAAGACCCCACAACAGGUUAUUGAGGAUAUCAUUGCAAACCAAGAAGAAGAGGAAAAAAACAGAAAGAAGAAAAAGGGAAAGAAACCCAAGAAAGCCAAAAAAAAGAAGCAAAAUAAAAAAGCAAAAGAUAAGGAAGAAGAUGAGGAGUGGAAAAUGUCACCAAGUGUUUUCCUUCGCACAAUGGAAGAAGGAAAUAACUCAUACAAAGACAUGUGGAAGAAUAAAGAUGAAUCUUGGAAUUUCUCUCAAGACUAUGAUCCAGACCUGGUCAAAGAGGAGAAACGUAAAGAAUUAGAGUCAGAGAUAAGGCUGCAGGUGGAUGAGUUGAUGAGACAGGAACUAAAAAACUUAAAACUAGCUGUGGACAGAGAAAAGGAAUACCCGGUCAGAGCAGGAAAGAAGAGAGGGAAGAAGAAAAAUAAAGGGAAGAAGAAAGGGAAAAAGGGGAAGAAGGAUAAAGAUCUGACAGCUGACAGGACCAUCGAGUCCCUGUAUAAGGAGCUGGUGCAGGAAGGGUUGCUGAUCCGGGCUCUGACAGUCAACCUCUCUGAUUACAUUGGUGAGUACAACUACCUGGGGACCACUCUUCGCCAGCUAUCCAUAGAACCCAUGCCUUCCCUCCUGGAUGUCAGACAGCUCAUCACAUUGUACGGGAUCUUGCCAUUAGGUUCUGCAGCAGUGCAUGAGAAAGCUCCUUUGGUGAAGUCGCUGCUGUUGGUUGGGCCGUCUGGGGUAGGGAAGGAAAUGCUAGUCCAUGCCAUCUGCACAGAAACGGGAGCCAACCUAUUCAACUUGUCCCCAUCCAACAUUGCUGGGAAAUACCCUGGCAAAAAUGGCCUCGAAAUGAUGCUGCAUGUCGUCUUCAAGGUGGCUCGACAGCUCCAGCCCUCCGUGUUGUGGAUCCAAGACACAGAAAAAACCUUCUACAAAAAAGUUCCCAACACUGAGAAGCUGAAUGAACCUAAACGCCUAAAAAAACAGCUUCCCAAAAUCCUGAAACUCCUGAAACCAGAUGAUAGGAUUCUGAUUGUGGGGACAACUCAGCGUCCUUUCGAUGCUGAACUUCAGUCGUUUUGCAGAGUUUACCAAAAAAUUAUUUUGAUUCCCAGACCAGACUAUGCUUCCAGAUACGUUUUGUGGAAACAAAUCAUUCAGCGCAACGGAGGAGUCCUUACUAAUGCCUUGAACGUCAGUUGCCUGGCCAAGGUCACUGAUGGCUUCACCCAAGGACACAUUGUGGAAGUGGUGAAAGAUGUGCUCACAGACCAGAGGCUCUGGCAGCAGGGUCGUAAGCCACUCACCGCAGGCGAGUUUAUUGCAGUGAUGAGCAGCAUGAAUCCGGUGUAUCAAGAGGAGGAAGAGAGCUUUAAGAACUGGUAUGCCAAAACCCCUAUGGGUAGAAAGCGAGCCUUGGCAUUAACGGGAGGUGGCACAGAAAAGAAUAAAGGGAAGAAAGAAAAGAAAGGGAAGAAAGAGAAAAAGAAAAAGUAAUGGCUUUCUGAGGAGCCGGCCUUGAGUCUCUCUCUGAGAUGGAGACAGCCCAACCCUCCAGAGAGGCGACUCCCCAUCGCCCGGCAGAAGCAGCCCCGGGAGGAGACACUGACCGUGCAGCAGGGCCUGGCGCCGCGGCUCGCUGACCACUGCCUGUGCUCGGUGAGGCCCGUGGCAGGCGGGACACCAAGCGAGGGGUCCGAAAUAAUUGUUGCUAUAGCUGGUAAUUGUUCUUAAUCUAUGUAAAGCUUGUAUCUAACAGAAAUUUACUCUUCACCCACUCCCCAGUCUUACAUCAGUCCUAUUUGUCAAAUUUAAAAUUUGAUAGUUACAGAAUAUUCACAUUUGAUAGAUGAGCCAUGAGUAUAUCGUCAGUACACUAACUUUGUGUUAAUCCAUACACACCGUAUAUUAGCUUGCACAUAUUUUGAUAAAUUAGUUCUUUGCUCUAGUAGUGUAUAUAUUACGUAAUGGAAUAAAGCUGUUGUUCUGGAA